GUCAUCUGAUUUUUUGACCCCCAGUGAUGGACCCCCUGGACAGAGCUCAAGUACUUCUCCUCUGUGACCUGUGUCAAACAGCUGCAUUACAGAGUCAUUGCGAACUUUGUCAGAUUAACCUGUGUAAGGCCUGUGUAGGGGAGCAUCUCUCUGAUUCAUCUAAAAGACACAAAGUUGUGCCAUACAAACACAGAAAAUCUACGCCUAACGUUAACUACCCAAAAUGCCCAUACCACACUCAGAAACAUUGUGAACUCUACUGUGAGAAAUGUGACAUUCCUCUCUGUUCUACCUGCAUAUCCUCUGAUAAACAUCAUGGGCAUACAUUUACAGAUAUCUUACAGAAACCCAGCUUCGUUCAAGAAAUUUUGAACAAGGAUUUGAAAGAAUUAGAAAACAGAAUACAUCCAACAUAUGAAGAAAUAGCAUCAGAUUUAAAUUCUGAAAAAUUCAAUUUGGAAAAACAUUAUGAGAAACUGACAACAGCUGUCACCAAACAAGGAGAAGACUGGCGCAGAGAAAUAUACAUCAUUGUCAAUAAAAAGAAAUCUGAAAUUGAUGAGAUGAAAACUAAACACCUGGCUGCUCUAAAUAAACAGGAAAAAGAAAUCAAGAAGAUUACUUAUGAUGUAAAACAGUGCAUAUAUGAUCUGAAGAAAUUAAUACAUUCAAAUGAUGUCUCCCUAGCCUCUACAUACAAAACCAGAAAUGCUGAAUUCAGAAGUUUACCUCCUAAAAUCAAGGUUUCAACACCAAGUUUCUCUCCCCAUCCGAUCAACACAGAAAAGCUCCAUCAAAUGUUUGGUUCUCUGUCAGCAUUAUCCAUUACAACAGAAGAACAUGGCUACACAAUGAAGACACAAGAAGCUGUGUCUUGUCCUCCAGUCAAACCACUGCUUGAUGAACCAGAGCUCAUCACCACAAUAGACACUGGGUAUAAAUCACUAUACAGUGUUACCUGUAUCAGUGAUGAAGAAAUCUGGACACGUGGAGACGACACAAUCAUGAAACUCUACAACCUCCAGGGCAAACUACUAAAGUCAAUUCAAUCCAAGUCUGGGAACAUACCAUGUGACAUAGCAGUGACAAGAGGUGGAGAUCUAGUUUAUACUGACUCUAAGACAAUAACUGUAAAUAUAGUGAAGAAUAAAAAGAUACAGGAAGUGAUCAGACUACAGGGGUGGAUACCUUUAAAUGUCUGUAGUACCUCCUCUGGUGACCUCCUGGUUACCAUGCUCAGUAAUGAUUAUAAACAAUCAAAAGUUGUCCGUUACUCUGGCUCCACUGAGAAACAAACCAUUCAGUUUGAUAGUGAAGGUAAACCUCUGUAUUCAAAUGAUUACUUUAACAGAAUUAAAUACACUAGUGAGAACAGGAACCUGGAUAUCUGUGUUGCUGACUACAGAGCCCGUGCAGUAGUGGUGGUUAAUCAGGCAGGAAAACUCCGAUUUAGAUACACUGGUCAUCCCUCUACUACCAAGGGAUCAUUUAGACCAGUCGGCAUCACAACGGACAGCAAGAGUCAGAUCCUGACAGCAGACAGUGACAACAAUUGUAUUCACAUCCUAGAUCAGGACGGACAGUUCCUCCGUUACAUUGAUAACUUUGAUCUUGUAUAUCCAUGGGGUUUAUGUGUAGACACCAGAGACAACCUCUUUGUGGCUGAGUCGAGCAGUUGUAAAGUGAAGAAAAUCAAAUACAUGUAAUCAAUGUGUUUUAAAUAAUGACAUGUUUGUGAGAGAAAUUUUUCCAGUAGCCAAAAUAACAAGAUGUAGUUUAAUUCAAAUUCUAUUGUUCAUGUGUGUGUGUGAAAAUAUUUUCAAUGCUAUUAU